AUGGAUAGUAUCCUCGAUACCCGUGUCCCAAAGGGUGGUGGCGGAUUUAGAUAUAAAGGCGGUAGUGGUAGCGGCGGCGGAGGCGGAGGUUCUCUUGUGUGGUGGGCUUGGCUUAUCAUCAUCUUCAGCGUCGUGUGGUUGUUUGCCUACAUCACAUUGCUCGUGCACUUCUUCCGGACAGAUUACAUCGGCACACAUUCAAGUGAACGCCCGCGCUUUGGCCUACGUCUAUUCGGCCGCUUGGCGUGGAAGGCCUUCAGGUAUGCGACGGGAAUUCAGGUAUUUAUAUGGGCUUUCCGGAAGAUACGAAGUAAGACGGAUCGUGAUACAAAGAAGGUAGGCGGUAGCUUCUAUAGGAAAAUCGAUGAAGAAGAACAGGGUAUUAUGAAAAGCGGAAACGAACAGUUGGUGAUGCCACCGGCUCAACUGCGUCAUGAACUUGCGCCUCUCCCGGCUUAUUCCAACGCUGCUGUUCGCUAA